AUGGAGUUAUCUAGUGCACUACGGCCUCUCGAUGAAUCACUUCUCCGCGAACUCCCCCAACUCUCUCUCCGUAUCGCCCCUCUACGAGAACCGGUUUCCUCGCGAACCCUAAGCGUCCCAUCACCUCUCGAACCAAAUGCCAGUGGAGCACGAGAGAAUAAUAUAUCCAAAGGGAACAAGAGCAAUGGGACUGUCCCUGCAAACGCCAAAUCAGGUCUACCAACGGUGACAGAAUUCCUCAAUGCUGCGCGGACCAAGAAGACCGAACUUUCCGCCGAUUCACAGUCAAAUGUCGAGCGAUUGCCGAGACCGAUCCUCCCCGCAUUCGUGAACCUACGUGCUCUUGAAAAAUUUCCAUUUUCAUCUUCUUUCGAUGAUGAUGCGCUUCAAGGCCCCCGCAAGCGUAGGCGGUUAGAUCUCCAGGCUGAUUCGUUCAGCGAGCAUCUACAGCUGCCCAUCCCACAGGCCCAAAAAGAGCAACGGCCUCCUCCAUUUGGGCCUUUUGCUAUCUUGAAUGGAUUGAAUGAGCCACCGCCUAAUGCUGCUCUUCUUCCACCUAUCGAGGCUGGGUCUAGUAUCUCCCAGCUUUUGAACAAGCCCUCAGGACGUGAUACUGCCAUUGACCCAGGAGCGUCGGUCUCUGCUCAGGGUGUCGCGGCAGAUGGACAGCCCGUGGAGAGACGGGAUGCGAGACUGGAGGAGAUCCUAAGCACCUCGCUCAACGACGACGAAGACAAUGAUCAUAACGAUAAUGACAACAAUACUGAAACUACUAAUACUUUGGAUACGAACGAAAUUGAUCCAGCAAUCCGUGAUGCAACCCUUCCUAAGAGCAAGGCCUUACAUCUUGCACCUACAGAGAAAACACCCAUCUCCCCCAAAACACGUGGUCGGUCUCGUAAGAACCUGAGGAUGUGGACCGAGGAAGAGACGGCUGCUCUUCUUCGGGGUGUGGUCAAAUGUGGGAUUGGCAACUGGACUGCUAUCCUGGCUCAGCCGGAACUGGAGUUUAAUCAGAGGUCUGCUUCCAAUUUGAAAGACAGAUUCCGAGUGUUAUGUCCAUGGGCGUACCGUGCGUCCGACCCCAAUGAAGCUGCAAAACAAAUAUACGAUACCCUCACCAAUGCCUUACUUAAAUCCAACGACGCUUCAGAUGCAACACCUGGCCAAAUCUACCUCCCUCACCCAAAUCCUCUAACCCAAGGGUCUGAACCGACCUCCAGCGCCGGAAACCCAGCAUGCAAACCACACAAGUCCUCAACCCCAAGCACCCUCUCACCCACACCCGAUACAGACACUGGAAACAGCAGCAACGCUCAAUCAAAACCACCCUCACCAGAGAAGAGCACCCCAGCACUCUCAAACAAAUCCCGUUCAACUCUCGCAUCUCUCGGCAUCCCAGAACCGCACGUAACAAAAUCCAAACGACGCUGUCGGCGCCCCUUCACCCCGGCUGAAGAUGAAGCCCUACUGAAAGGCUACGCAGUCCACGGAUUCCAGUGGACACUAAUCCAGCAAGAUGCAAGACUAAGCCUAAGCCACCGCAAAGCAACCGACCUCCGCGACAGAUUCAGAACAAAAUUCCCAGACGCUUAUCGCGAUGGCGGUUCCGUGAGCGGCAAGAAACUCACCAACCAAAGCCCGAGUCUGGGUCCGGUUUCAGGUCAGAACUCGCCGGCUGGAGGGUCAACGCCCCGACCACAUGCUGCCAAUACUCGCGAACAAACUCCAACGAAGGCUAAUGCGGUAACGCCGAAUCUCGCUCCGCGCCAUUUGUCGUCUAGGAGUCGUCAUGCUGCUACCCCUUCUCAGUCUAAUAUUGGUCCUAUGGAUUCUGCUUUCUUGCCUCCGCCUCCUCAGGGAUUUUUGGAGCAUUCCCUGAGUCUUCCGCCUGCUGGGGGUGGUGGGCUUUCGUUCUCUUUGGAUGAGGGUUCUGGGGCGGGUACUUCUUCGGGUGUUGAGACGCCGUGGGAGGAUAAUACGCUUGCUCCUAUGAAUUGGGAUGAAUUGACUUGA